AUCAUCUACUAUUAAUUCCUCCUGACAAUAGAACGGAAAUUCAACACAAUGCUAGGAGACUUGUGGCUCAAGAGUCAACAUUGGACUAUUUUAAACUAAAUGAUGGAAAAAACGAGGAACAAUUUAAAGAAUCAGAAAAUG